GAGGAGAGUUGGGGGAGAGUUAGAGCGUCAGAAAUAUAGAGCCGGUCAGACGGUGGGAGCCCCAGUUAAGUCGACCGGACACCGGGGAGAAGAGCCGCAGAAGAGCCGCAGAAGAGCCAGCCAAGAGCCAGCCAAGAGCCAGCCAAGAGCCAGCCAAGAGCCAGCCAAGAGCCAGCCAAGGGGGACAGUUUCUCUACCACUUGUUGGACUAUAUCGGGACUCAAAAACUACUGCGAAACAACUCAAGUCACCCCACUGGUUUAAAUCUCUGCAAAGCUAACAUUUCAAGACUUUAUCAUCAUCAUUAUUAUUUUUAUUAUUAUUAUUUUUUUAAACGCUACCUGAGAGGACAACCAUGCUCAGCCUCUGCCUCGUGUUGAUUUUAUCCGCCUCCGUUUUUUCAGAGUCGGUGAGGGAGACGGAGACAUGGAUGCCCAUGAAGACCACACAGACGGUCGCCAUGUCGACGCGCCACGAUGACCUGGAGUCAUCGGGAGACUCCCCGAACGGCUCGGACUUCGGCUUCACGGACGACGAUUACUACCCCGACGCGCUGUACGACGACGAGGACGACGACGAGGACGAGGACGAGUUCUCUGGAUCUGGUGACGGAGCAACGACCGUGUCGCCUGGAACAGAGUCCAAGACGUCAGCUAAGCCCGACGUGAACGACAACAAGAUCUCGGAGGUGGAGCGCCCGGUGCGGCCAACCGUCGACGAGGUGGACAUCGUCCAGAGCAGUAACGAAAUCCCCAUGCUGCGGAACGAGGCCGAGUCCAGCGAGGAGCACCCGUCCAACGUCCUCAUGGCCCACGCCGGCGACGACAGCAUCUUCAACAAGACGGAGGUCCUGGCAGCUCUGAUCGCGGGCGGCGCCGUCGGCUUGAUGUUCGCCGUCCUCCUCAUCCUCCUCCUCAUCUACCGCAUGAAGAAGAAGGACGAGGGCAGCUACGAUUUGGGGAAGAAGCCCAUCUACAAGAAGGCCCCCACCACAGAGAUCUACGCAUAGACCCUCACCACCUCUUCCUCCUCCUCCUCUGCCUCCACCACACACAAACACACACCUCACUCCCUUCGCCCUUAAAAACCCAAUCAGUGCCUCAUCAUAAUACCUCCUCCUCCUCCUCACUUUUCUUCAGCGGACUGACGCUCGAUAACAAAUCAGGAGAGAAGCCUCGACAACACAAUCGAUUGACUGACUCCUCCUACCUGAUGUAUACUAAUAUUACUGGUGCUCUCUCAACCAAUCAGAGGCUUUGUUGGUCCGCUUGUCUCUCUCUUUUGGUUUCGUCAAACAAGGAAAAGGAGCAACAGACGAGGACUGUUUCAGCUGUGGUACACGGUGAUCUUUUAUUUUUAUUUUUUUUAGUCUUGUGUUUUUAUUCUUUUGUCCCCACGUCGUCGAGAGACAGAAACAACAGAACUUACAACUGAGGACUUGGAGAACUUUUGUUUUUUAACUCCUCUUCCUCGUCGCUUCCCUUCCUCUCUUCUUUUCCCACCUUCCAGUUAAAAACACUAACACUGUGCAAUGACGUUUGUCUCGGUAUGGUACGCAUUAACAGUCCAGUUAUUUAUUCCCCCUCCGUCAUCCUCCUCGUCUUCUGCUGAACCUGUUUCUUGGACUGCAGCUUCUCACAUUACUGUAGCAAAUUACUGCUAACAUUUUUAUUAUAUAUACAUAUAUAUUUUUUAUUUUUUUUUUUGUCAAAACAACUCCUUUGUAAUGCAGAAAAACUUCAGUUUUCUAUUAAAGAUCGCGUCAUGAUUAGAAAGAAUUGAGUUCGUUGUUGUUGUUCAGAUUAAUUUGGAUUUGGGAGCAGCGUCCGUCACUGUAGCGCUGUGCAGUCAUCCGUUAGAACCGAUGUUAAUAAUUACAGUGUUCGUUCAUUUUCAUCCUCACGGUGCUCCUAAAAUUACAGCGAGGGAAGAGAUGGUGAUGGUGAUGAGGGCCGAGGCGUUUCUGCUGAUUUCCACCUGCACACAGUGCUGAACGAUCGCCAUGAGAUGAUUCCGUUAACGUUCUGCACAUUUUUCAGAUUCAGCAGUUCAUUACAUUAGCUUAAUACACCUUUUUUUUUUUUUUUUUUUUUGUCUUUUUUAAACAUUCUUGUAUCUCCUCGUGUGGGGGGGAAAGUCCCAUCAGUCUGGCAGGUAGCGCCAGAUAAGUAAGCUAAACUAAUCCGGGAGAGGAAUUUGCAACUACUGUAACACACACACACACCCUUGUACUUCUAUCUUUUUGUGAGGACCGUCAUUCACAUAAUGCAUUCCCUAACCCUGACCUAACCCUUAAGACCAAGUCUUAACCUUCAAACAGCCCUUUGAAGUUGUGAGGACCGGGCCAAAAUGUCCUCACUUUAUAGGUUUAAAAAAACAAAGUGUGUUUCAGUCCUCACUAUGUAGCGAGUACAAGUGUUCGCACACACACACACACACACACUCUUGCAUUGCAAAGUGUUGUCCUUUUUUGGAGAGUACUUCAAAAGCCUGGAAGAUGUUUGACCACUAUAAUAAUUACCAGGGUUUGUUCUUCACCUACAGGGUGACACACACACACACACACACACACACAGAGAGCUUGGUCAUGUGUGAAGGGAGCAAAGUUUCGACACCAUGACGACGGUAGCUGCCGACCCUCUUUCACAGUCACAUUCAAGCUUAAAGGACAGUUUUUUUUCGGGGAAAUGCGUUCAGAUUGAUACGACUCUCGCGUCUCUGUUCAAAUAUGAAGCUACCACCAGCGGGUGGUUAGCUUAGCUUAGCAUAAAGACUGGAAACAGGUGGGAACAGCUAGCCUGGCUCUCUCUCUCAAACAACUCGAGACAUUUGUAUGAUUACAGAGUUGGCUGUGUGAGAGUUAAGAUGCUAUACACAGACAACAUAACGUUCAUAUCCGAUACAUUUGGGUUUGACUGCACUGGACUUUGGCUGACAUGAGUCGUCCGCGUUUUCUGAUUUUCAGGAACUUCCAUAUCAAAGCGCCAAGUCAGAUAUAUUCGAACUUGAGAAACUGAAUCCCCUUAAAAAUGUAAAUUUAAUUAGUUACCUUUUUUUUUUUUUUUUUUUUUUUUUUUUUUUUGACAGAGCCAGGCUAGCUGUUUCCCCUUGCUUCCAGUCAUUGUGCUAAGCUAACCUAGCUGCUAGCUGUAGCUGCAGACAGAUAUGAGAGUGCUAUCGAUCCUCAGAAAGCAAAUACGCGUAUUUCCCAAGAUGUCAAACUGUACUUCACUUCCUUUUACUGUUCUGUGAAGCUUUCCACUUCAUGCCUGACCACGUAGGUGCACAUAUUCAGUAACUUGUAAAAAAAAACACUUUUAUAUUCAUGGAACCAGUAAAUGUCGCGAUUAUUUGUCCAAUGAAAAGAAAGUUUAAGCUCUGUGAUCGGAGAAACUGGUAGUUUUGGUACUUUGUUUUGUUUUUUAAAUCAUUGGGUUGAUGCUUUCUCAAUAAGCUACACUGACAGUUUGUUAGUUUUUUUUAUGUUUUCAUUGUGGGGUCUAUGAGCUCUCACUGAAGCCAUGAUGAACAGGUUUGAUGCUGACGUUUCUUAGCUGAAGACAGCCGCGCGCAGACUGGUCCAUUAAGGAUUUGUAUAUAGUCAUUAGUUCUAAAAACAAAACAAUAAAACACACAAAAAAAAAAAAUUAUUUACUUGGUACUUAGCCACAUCCUGGCACCGAAAAAAUAUCUACCAAAUAUUUAAAUGCCAAAUUGUUUUUCCUGUUUUUUAUUUUUGAUUCUUUUCCCGAGCAGUAACGUUCAUGUGAUUACUGUAAAUGAGUUUCAUACUACCGAUGCUAAUACUAACGCGCCUCCUCCAUUUGUCUUUUCCUCCAGUAGAUCAACUUGUUUUUUUGUUUUUUUUUAUUAUUAUUAUUAUUUUGUAUUAAUUUAACUGUCAAAUUAUUUUAUUGCCUUCUUUCAGGUUGGGGUGUUUUCCCCAUUUUUAAGCUGUUGUAUAUGUGAUUUUAAAAGUUUUAUAUACACUAGUUUGAGAUUUUCAGAGGCAAAUAGUUUUGAAACUUUUUAUUUUGUAAGAGUUUCUAUUAUCUUUUUAGACGUUUUUUUUUGCUUUUUGUAUUUAUGUUUUUUGUUUUUGUAGAAGGAUUGCUUAUGUGGGUGGUGUUCAUCUCGUUCAGGGGAUGUUGUGCUGAUGAGCCAUGUUGUCGGUAGCAGACCUGGGGUUGAUUACGAAAAACAAACUUUAUCUUUUUAGCCAAAAUGGAGCGCGACGUAUUUGGAAAUUCAAGGUCCCCUGCCUACACGAGCUGCCGCCCAGUUAUAUCAACGUCUGAAGACUCGUUCAAGGCCUUUUUUAUCUCCCCAGAAACAAACAUUUUAAUCAAGAAAACACUGUUUCAACAACAGUCAGCUGACCUCGACCUCAGACGGGAGUCACUUUUUGAUUAGGUUUUGGCAAUUUUUGUGAUUUCACUGUGUCUUUUUCUGAGGGAGUUUAAAUGUGCGGGUCAGCUGUCUCUGACGGGAUGAGCCGACCCCGGCGGAGAAAAAACAAAGUGUUUCAGGUGGUAAUCGGCCCCAGGUCUGGUCAGGGAGCAUGGGAGAGAAAUGUAUAUUCUGCUGCUUAAUGUCACAAACAUCACAUGUGAAUCACCAAUGGAGUGGAGAAGCCAAUGAAUCAUUGGUUUCUGCAUGCAGGUUCUGAUUUUUAUUAUUGGAAAUAAAGCUAUUUUUAUGCACAUUAACAUUUAAAA